AUGAACCCACUUCAAGUCAUGCUGAUCUCCGCCUUGCUGGCAUUAACCAAUGCAUAUAGAGGUGGCGGCGGUGGCGGCGGCAUGAUGAUGCCUAUGGGCGGCGGUGGAAUGGGUGGUAUGGGUAUUGGUGGAGGUAUGCCGAUGGGCGGUGGUAAAAAUGGAGGCGGCAUGGGAGGAAUGCAGAUGCCAAUGCCAAUGCCAAUGCCUAUGCCAAUGCCAAUGCCGAUGCCAAGACCAAUGCCCAAAGCUAUGCCAAGACCUAUGCCAAUGCCAAUGCCCAUGCCUAUGCCAAUGCCGAUGCCGAUGCCAAUGGGCGGAAAAGGAGGCAAGUCAUAUUUGUUAAUCAAGAUAAUACAGAUAAUAUGUUUUAAGCCUAGAAAAGUAUAA